AAACUGCUGAACAGCAAGACAUCGAGGAUAGGUAGACAAAAUGCGUUGAACUCUGACCUGUCUCACUGUUUUCUGCUAGUUUUGACAUCUUCGUCAUGCUUGGUCUGCUUACCUCAGGUCGAAACAUAUUGAGAUAAAUCGAAUCUAUAUCAAUUUACAUUCGAAUCGAGAAAGGGUUUUUUAGUGCCUUGGCAGUGAAAUAAUGAUGAGAAUGUUUUCGGUCUUUUCCAGGGGUACCCUUCAAACCUGCGCGCCAACGAGCCUACUUUCAACUAUCUCCAAACCACCAUCGCCCAAUGUACUCAGAAGUCGAGGUCAACGCUAUCUUUCACAGCGCCGUCCCAAACCUUCGACGUUCAAGAACAAAUCCUCGAAGGGAGUCGCAAUCGACCCAGUACUCGAGGAUGAUUCGCAAAAUUUGACAAAACUAUCAUUUGAGGCGCCCGCCAAGUUAAGAAGGCAGGCCUUGGAGAUGUACGCCCAAUGCAAGCUGAGCGAAAGAGAUCCUACCACCCGGUUUGCGAUCGUUCGUCAGAUGAGGAACCUGGAUCUACCGCCCCACCAGGAGCUAUGGCAAGGGAUCAAUGCGACGGACGAGCUGGCGUUGUACCGAUGGGUGGACGAGGCGUUCGGCCAACUGAUAUACCAGAAGGGUCUUUGGCGACCGAGCAAAGAUUGGGGCCCUGAGGACGACGAGGCAGAAGCUAUUCAACGGGUCGAGAACCUCAGCUUACUACGGACCGCCUACGAGGAGCAGAUCUUGAAUCCAUUGAAGGAGCGCUUCGGGACCUCGGAGGUGACCAUCGCCCUUUCGGAGCUCAGGGAUGAUCAGAAACUUUACAAGGAACCCGCCAUCAUCUGGCAGUCUGUCAACCGGAAGACCAACGAGAUCUCGCUGGAAUGGAUGAGCGAAUAUACCGCCGAUGUGGUCUGGCCUGGACUCGUGAGCUGUCAACCUAGUUACCAGGUAGCACGUAGAUACUGGGAAGCCGAAGCUAGACACUUCUCCAACUUGAUCGGUGGCGUCGCUCGUGGAAUGGGCGAAAACGGAGAAAUGUUGCCCUGUAAUUCCCAGGAUAAUGAUGACCUGGGUCAAACUGAUUCCUCACUAGAUGAGAAUAUCCAUGAAUUUCAAUCCCCUAUCCUUUCUUCAGCUCAAGCAAACAAGCAGGCUGCCGAAGCCGUACUCAUCAAGAAAUUCCUCGAAGAAAGAAACAUGUCUUCGAAAACAACUGUGAAACGAUAAUCAAACCCGUUGAAGUUCUAAAUAGAGUUCAUUUUGACAACAAUGGGCACACAAUAUGUAACUUACCUGGUCUUGAUACUCUAGUUUGAUUCCUUUCCAAUUGCUCCAUGUAAUUAUCACAAUUCUACUUACCUGUUGAAACUAAUCCAUCAAUUGGUCUAACACAUUAUUAGAGUCUCAUUGGAUCUCUUUCCUAUAUUUAUAAUUCUCAGUUGUUCAGGAAACCGGAUGUAGGAGGACCAUGGCUCGGUCUAUUUUUGGAGACAAUCGCUCAAACAAUGGCUGCUGCAGUCUUCAUUGCAACUUCUAGCAAGGCUCUUCAUCUGAUAUCAUGAGUUAUACCUGUAAUAUAUGUUUACACAGUGUAGAGGAUAAUUGAUAUUGUG